AUCAUCCACAAUCUUCUCGAAAUUUCGAAAAUGACAAUUUAAGGAUCGCACUUGCUCAAUAAUCGAAUCUGAGGAACCAAUAGAAAAAUGAGUUCGUUACUUCCAUUUGUAGAUUUUCUCGACCCUUGGGAUGUCUUUGAGCGUGCCAGUUGGUCACUGGACAGUGACACUGAAAGACCAGAACAGACGGAAGGAAAGAAUGAGUCCAACCGUAAACGUGGGGGAAGAAAAGGAUGGGUGCCAAGAGUAGAAGUAACCGAGGAUGAGCAAGGAAAUCUGAAUUUAGACGCCGAAGUGCCUGGGGUAAAUUCAGAAAACCUGCAACUGGAUGUUCGAGAGGGCUCGCUGGUUAUUUCUGGUGUUAAACGACGUCAAACUGAGGUUACUCAAAACCAAGUUGAGAAUGACAAAGACGAAGUGAAAAGGCCACCGGCAAAGAAAUCAAAGAAGGACCACCCUUAUGUGUACUCAGAGAGACAAUAUGGCAAAUUCCGAAGAGUCGUAAAACUUCCUAAAGAAGUGGAUGUAUCCAAAAUAACAGCUUCAUGUAAGGACGGUGUUCUUCAUGUUUUUAUACCUGUACAAGAAGAAGCAUCGAAAAUAAGUGUACCUAUCGAGUUCUCCUGACUUUUCAUAAAUAAAUGCUUGCGUUCUCAGAGACUUCAAAAGUUCAAUAUGUAUUCAUCUUCGGGAACUUUCUGACACCACGAUUCUAAACACCGAAAUGCCAAUUGCCUGCAU